AUCGCGGCUUGCCAGCAGGAGGCGCAGCACAAAACAUGGCUGCUUCCUUGUCGCUUGUUGUGCUCUAUCCGAACGGCCACCGGCAGGUUUUCCAGGUCAACUCAAACACCAGCAUAUUCCAGAUUCUGGAAGAUGCCUGCAAGAAGCAGCGACUGGACCCGGCGGAAUACGAUCUGUACCACCACGAGCGCCCCCUGUCGCACAGCCUGCCGGUGUCGUUCACCAACCUGCCCAACCAUGCCGAGCUGGAGCUGCGCGCUGCCGCCCGGGUCCAGCGGCGGACCGCGACCGCCUCCAGCGCGGUGGACAUCUGCCUGCAGCUCGAGUCCGGCGAGCGGCUCAUGGCCCAGUUCCCGGCCUCGGCGUCGCUACUCGACGUCGUCUCCCGCUGGCCCGACAAGAUUGAUGUCCAAGACACAGCCCAGAAAAUGGACUUGGUUUGUGUCUACAUGAGAAAAGAGAUUGUCGGCAUCGAGCAGCUGCGUGAGACAACUUUGCAGAACCUUGGCCUUACAAGUGGCAGGGCUGCCAUCAGGCUUCUCCACAGGCCCAAAGGCUGCGUCGUGCAGCAGGCCCACGUAAGCCGGCACUUUGUGGUGCCAUUCAAGAAGGAGGAGGACCUGCCCGCUGCUCGGAGUGUGAGCCCGACCUGGACGACACGGCCCACAUCACCAAAGCAGGCUCGGGCCACAACACCCUGUAGUGACAUGGCCACCUCGCCAACGCGGCCGAGUUCAGCGCCACCACAGGAUGUUGACAUGGCGUCCCCCACUUCCGGCCAGUCUCCAGUUCGUGGUGACAAUGCUGCAGACCACAAGGUUCGAUUUAGCCCUCCGCCAGCCUCAACAAAGACAGCAGCCCAAACCGUGCGUGAAGAAGACAUCAAAUAUAUUGGUGAGCGAAAGGCAGUACUUUUCAACCUGGAACAUUGCCCUCCACUUGUACCGGAGGACCUUGGGGACAGUUUCUACGAAGUCACUAUAGAAGAUGCGAAGUACCUUUUUGCAGACUAUAAGAGGCAAAGGGAAGCGUUGGAAAACCGUCCUCUGGAGACCAAACAACUGCGUGAACAGCGGUACGAGCGCCUGGCAAAGCACUACCCCGUCGUCCUCAUCAGGAUCUACUUCCCGGACCGGUUUGUGCUUCAGGGAACAUUCUUGGCUGAGGAACGAGUGUCUGACGUACUACAGUUUGUACGGGGCUUUCUCAGAGAUGGCAACAUGGACUUCCACCUUUACACGUCUCCCCCGAAACACGUUCUGGAUCCACAGGAAACUCUGGCAGAGGCAAAUUUGGUUCCUGCGUCAGUGGUCCACUUUGGCGGUGUGAUGACCCCAGGGGUUCCGCUUCUUCGGGACGACAUCCUGGGCAUGGUCUCAACUCCGGGUGGAGCCACAGCGGCAGCCACACGCCUCAGGUCAGAUCUCAAACUUGACGUGCGUAGCCAAACUACUGCCACAGUACCACGGCAGCGGUCGCCAGACAACCGUUCUUCCAGUGCCCGGUCUCCACCAAAGUCUUCACCAAAGUCUCCAACGAGGUCGCCCACAAAGUCGCCCACAAAGUCUCCCCCGAAAUCGCCUCCAGGGUCGCAGAAGAAGUUUGCAGCAAAAGAUGACCAGCCCAAAACGCCCAAGUGGUUUAUCAUGGGGAAGAAAUAGAAAUUCCAGUUUUGUCAAGCGAUGCAUCUUGAUAAUGAAGAAAGGGUCCUGCUGAAAGAAAGUUUACUUUAUCGCACGUUUUUGUACAAUUGUGUGUGUGCUUCAAGUUUCCAGCGCAGAAUGGCACUUUAGCAGAUAUGCAUGCUAAAGUGAUGUUGUGAAGUAGAGUGCACCAAACAAUGAUUGAAGAAGCUCCAAAAAAAAAUAAAAAAUCGAUGAUA